UUCCCAAAGCAACCUAAGCGCUACGGACUCUAGAAUAACCAAGUUGGACGAGCUCAGAACCGUAGCUGAGAAUCGUAAUCCCGAUGGAAGCAACGACGUCGAAGGCAUCGACCGGCAGAAAACGUCAACGAGAGCAGGAUUCUUCGCCGGAGACUGAAGCAGCCGACCAAUCUGUAUCACUAGGGGACAAUCUAAUUUUUAGCGACACCUUGGUAGCUCUUCGGAUGAUGCGUUCUCAGUUCCCUCGAAUCGAAAAGGUUUCAAUUCAGCCUUUCAUUUUAAGGUCACAAUUAUACAGCAGCGUCAAGGACAGGACACAAGUGGAUAGGGAAUUAGAGUCUUUGAAAAGGGAAUGCAUUAUACGUGUUUUUAAAUUAAAUACUGGGCAAGACGAUCAUGCUGUAAUGUUUGUGGAUGACUACCAAAGUCAGAUUGAGCGUGCUGUCAAACGACUUCAGACCAAGAGGCAAGAUGAUCUGACUGUUUUUGAUUGGUUUAAAACACACGUCAUUCCUUCCAAGCUGGAUCCUAGUAUUGGACAUCAAGAACUUUUUUCACUUCUCUCAUUGGUGGGAAAGGUAAAAGAGGAACACAUCUCUCUUCUGAUUAAUGCUGGCCUUCUUACUCGGCAACUUAUUGAUCCCAACAUGUACUGGUUUGCAAUUCCAAAUAUUGGUUCGGUACUUAAGGGCCUGUCUCAGGGAAGAAAAGAGCUUCUCUCUUUUCUGAACCGCAGGAAGUACAAGGAGAUGAUGUUGGCUCUUUUGGAGAAGAAACGCCUGCAUCAUUCUCUACUGGAUAUGAGAUUUCAUCUUAGAGAUCUAAUUGGUUCAGGUCACCUCAAAACCAUUCAGACACCCAGUGGUUUGGUUGUUCGAAUUGCUAAGGAUUAAAAGCAGGGAUGGCUUUUCAGAGAAGCUUCACCAUGCUAUAGGGGUUGUCCUGGUGCACAACAGUUUGACCCUAUAUGGAUUUUAAUUUAAAGAGGUUUUGUGCAGGUUUGUACUGACUUUUGUUAGGGAUGACUCUUCAGAGAAACUUCACAAUACCAUAGGAGUUUUCAUGGUGCUAAACAGUUUGCAAAGGUCAACCUCUCUUUCCUGUUAAAGUUGGUGGUCAUACUCAAUUACUUAGUGGAAAGUUGGAUCCUGAUUAUCAUGGUGGCAGUGAAAUUUGUGUGCCCAGAGACCUACCAAAAUUAAAUUAGACAUACUGGCAUAGAUUCAUUGACGACAAUAAUACUUGCAUUCUGGAGAUUGUUUGGGAGUGAUUGUUGGGGGUGGUAAAUAAGAUACAGUUCCUUUUUUUUUUGGUUUUUUGUUUUGCUGGUGCAUGUGUCUAUUUAAAUGCCUAAGAAUUCCUUGAGAAGACUUUCAUUAUGGGGGAGGAGUUGACAUUAUGGUUUAAGUUUUGAAUCAUCUAAUAAUGUCAUUAUAUUAUAGGGUAUGUUAUGAAAAACUUUUAUGGCUGGUUAUCUUUAAAUAACUGAUUAUCUUUGGGUUCUGGACAUGAAAUUUCAUUUUCUAGAUUAUUUUGAGUAGUUCUGACAGUUGCAUGGUAGAUGUUCAUUUUGAAGGGCCUCUGUUGGCAUAGGCAAUGCUUUGACAUCCCUUUGCCUGUAUGUUCUGGCAUUGUAACGUAGUUUGUUCAGGGCUCAUAAAGAAGGUUCUGAACCAUCUAGAACCAUCUAGAGUACUGCACUAUAAAUUAUUGUUGUCUAAUUAUGAACAGUACUGUAUUAGCUAAACCCUGAGUCAUUGAGUUGGAUGGAGACCUAAACCCUGUAGUCUUUCUUUUCUAUGAGCUAAUAUUUAUUACCUAAUAAUUAUUUAAAGGCAAAGAUUAAAUCAAACAGAGUGGAUCUGAAUUUUUAGCUUAAAUGUAAUGCUCCAUAUUAGCAUGCUUGUCAUACGAAUGCUGAUGGCUGACAAUUGUACUGUUUGCAUUUGUUCAAGUUGAACCUGUGUGUGCAACAAAUCUCUCUAUAAUUCAUGGAACUUUAAUGGGCUGUACUGAUGAUUUUGAAGAUUUAAGGUAGAUUGCAUAGUUUAUAUCUGCAUAUAUAUAUAUAUAUACAGCCAAAUAGAUUGGGAUCUUGAUGGUGCAAUCCAUCCACACAAAAAUUCUUUUAAUUGUGGGCCUAGCAUGGCUUGCCUUUUGCUAUGCUUUUGUUGUUUCGUCCUUCUUGUCCUCCUCCCCCAUUUCUUGUUUUUUUUUUUAUCAAUUGUUCUGUAGGUUUGUUAGUUCCCUUUUUCAAAGACAUAAAGCAUUUCAAUCAAUUUGAAUGGUGUAACCGGAUUAUGCCUGGUGAAUUUUCCUAGCUUAUGUUCGUGGAUGCAAAUUGGGCUUUAAUUUAGUUUAGAUUUUCCCAAUUUAGGUUCGUGGAUGCGAGUUGUGCUUUGAUUAAUGCAUGCUCAAGUUGGGUCCUUUGAUAUCCCCUGCUCCCAUACAUAUGGUUAGAUUUUCUUCAAACAUAUUUAACCUUUUUUAGGGCUAGAUGUAGGGAGCGGAUGGGUGGAAGUCCGUGCAAUUUUAUACAUGGUGGUGAUGUUUCACAUCAGGACAUGGGGAACCAAAACUUGCUCCAAAAUAAAAGAUGAUAGGAAAUGCAGACCCAUGUUUGGUUUGAAGCAGUCGUUGGGGGGAGACGGAGAGAAGCAGAUAAACAACAGUACAACAUAGUACAUAGGAUCCUGCCCUGUUUCGAAAUACUACUAUUUGAUUCGUUCAAGGGCUGGGACAUGAGAUCACCUCAGGGGAUAUUCAAUCAUCUGCAGUAGGAAUAUGCUGGGCUUUGCCUGCCCGGUAUAGCCCUCCCUGCUUGUGCCUAUCAUCUUUCGAGUGAUGCCACAUAAAGUAAUUCUGCAAAAUUUUGAGGCCCAUUUGGGGAUGACGCGAGAUACGUCAGCAUCCAGUAGGGAAUCCCGCGGCUUUGCUUCCGUGUCUCUGCUCACGUGUUUGUCUGUUGAUUGUGUCUGAGAAUGAUUUGUUAAUUGCCACAAGAAAAGCUUGGUAUUAUUUUACAACAGACUUUCUUACUUUAGAUGUCGAUGAUUCUGCACACCAUUAUUUAUAUAUAUAAAUUUUGGCAAAUGCUAA